AUGGCCAUGUUCCUCCAUUUCGGACCCAACACUUUCACCAACUCCGAAUGGGGCACCGGAAAAGCCGACCCGUCCGUUUUCAACCCGACCCAUCUCAACGCGACCCAAUGGGUCCAAAUCGUAAAAGACUCCGGCUUCUCCCGCGUCAUCCUCACGGCGAAACACCACGACGGAUUCUGCCUCUGGCCCAGCGAAUACACCGAUUACUCCGUCAAAUCGAGUCCCUGGAGAAGCGGGGCCGGCGACGUCGUGGCCGAGCUAGCUUCCGCGACGGCCGCCGCCGGAAUCGGACUCGGUCUUUACCUCUCUCCGUGGGAUCGGCACGAUGGAUCUUACGGGAAGACAUUAGAGUACAACGAGUUUUAUCUGAGUCAAAUGACCGAGUUACUAACUAAGUAA